UCCUCUGAAACCCCAAAUUCUCACCUUUGGGUCAAAAAAGUUUCAAUUUUUCUUCAUCAAAACCCAAAAAAUGUCAGUAGCUUGUGGACUAGAAUGUGUCUUCUGCGUAGGAUUCAGUCGAUGGGCAUGGAAACGAUGCACACACGUAGGCUCCGACGAUAGUGCCACGUGGACAUCAGCAACACCUGAAGAAUUCGAACCAAUCCCAAGAAUCAGCCGUGUAAUCCUCGCCGUCUACGAACCCGAUCUAAGAAACCCUAAAAUCUCACCUUCAUUAGGAACUUUCGAUCUAAACCCUGACUGGGUCAUAAAACGUGUGACACACGAAAAAACCCUAGGAAGAUCUCCACCGUACAUUAUCUACAUAGAUCACAACCACCGUGAGAUUGUUUUAGCGAUUCGUGGUUUGAACUUAGCUAAAGAGAGUGAUUACAAGAUUCUUUUAGAUAACAAAUUAGGUCAGAAAAUGCUUGGUGGUGGUUUCGUGCAUCGUGGGUUAUUGAAAUCUGCUGCUUGGGUUUUGAAUCAAGAAUCUGAAACACUUAGGAGAGUUUGGGAAGAGAAUGGUAAAGAGUAUGAUUUGGUUUUUGCUGGUCAUUCUUUAGGUUCUGGUGUUGCUGCUUUGAUGGCGGUUUUGGUUGUUAAUAAUCCGGCGAUGAUUGGUGGUAUUCCGAGGAGUAAGAUCCGGUGUUUUGCUUUGGCUCCGGCGAGGUGUAUGUCGCUUAAUCUCGCCGUUAAGUAUGCUGACGUCAUCUUCUCUGUUAUUUUACAGGAUGAUUUUUUACCAAGAACGGCGACACCGUUGGAGGAUAUAUUCAAGUCUGUAUUUUGUUUGCCUUGCUUGUUGUUUCUAGUUUGUUUGAGGGAUACAUUUAUACCAGAAGGUCGGAAACUACGGGAUCCUAGAAGACUUUAUGCUCCUGGUCGAAUUUAUCAUAUCGUGGAGCGGAAGUUUUGCAGAUGUGGAAGGUUUCCUCCUGAAGUGAGAACUGCGAUUCCCGUGGAUGGGAGAUUUGAACAUAUUGUAUUAUCAUCGAAUGCAACUUCUGAUCAUGCGAUUCUAUGGAUAGAAAGAGAAGCCGAAAAGGCAUUACAGAUAUUGAGAGAGAAGAGUUCAGAGACAGUGGCAACAAUGCCACCAAAAGAAAAGAGAAUGGAGAGGUUAAACACUUUAGAGAAAGAGCACAAAGAUGCGUUGGAGAGAGCGGUUAGUCUCAAUAUCCCACACGCAGUGUCCACCGCUGAAGAAGAAGAAGAAUGCAAUAAUGGAGAUGCAUCGGCGGAGUCAAAAACGAAGAAGAAGAAUUGGGAUGAAGUGGUGGAAAAGCUUUUCCAUCGAAGCGAUUCGGGAGAAUUCGUUUUCAACGAUAACGUUGUUCCUGAAAGGUAGCCUUAUGUCGGAUCGAUUGUGAUUGGAUUGGGUUUGUUUUUACUCAAUUUUGUUCAUCAUGUACUGUACAUGCAAUUCUAGGCUUGUGGAUUACUGGAUUUGUGAGAGAAUGUCUAUAAUCCGGUUGAAAUUGGUCUGAGACAAGACAAGUAAAGAAAAUUUUGUCCA